UGGGCUGAGCUCUUCUUACCAUGGGGACUCCAAAUGAUCAAGCAGUAUUGAGAGCCAUCUUCAGCCCAGACACCCCAUUUGGAGAUGUGCCUGGGUGGGAACUUGAAGAAGAUCAAAUAGAGAAAAAUCAGCUGGAAGAUGAAGAUAACACCUUCCCUGGGGACCUGCUGGAAGAAGCCAAGAACCUAGAGCUCCAGGGGGUGACAGCAGCUGAAGCUGGGAACCUGAGCACAGCUCUUGAGAGGUUCAGUCAGGCCAUCAACCUGCUGCCCGGCAGGGCCUCAGCCUAUAACAACCGAGCCCAGGCCCGAAGACUUCAGGGAGAUGUUGCAGGUGCAUUGGAGGACCUGGACCGCGCCAUCCUGCUGAGUCGGGGCCGAGGACAGGUGGCAUGCCAGAGCUAUGUCCAGAGGGGCCUGGUGGCCCGCCUGCAGGGCAGAGAUAAUGACGCCAGAAGCGAUUUCCAGAAAGCGGCCGGGCUGGGCAGCCCUUUUGCCCGACGCCAGCUGGUCCUGCUCAACCCGUACGCGGCCCUGUGCAACCGGAUGCUGACUGACAUGAUGAGACAGCUGCAGGGCAUCAGCGAGCCCUGAGCAGAGGCGCCCCCUGCCUGGGGACCUUGGCAGCCCAGGAGGGGCAGCCGCCAACCCAAUAAAGCCGCCUGCGCUCCA